UUCAGUUGAACACGAUACAUACAACAGUGAAUACACAAAUCUUUUCUGAAGAUUUCGAUUUCUUUUUGAAUUUACCAUUUCUCGUUUAAAAAAAAAUUAAUUUAAUUCUUCUUUUUUUGAAAUAAAAUAUAAAAUCAACAGAAUAAUAAAUUGUUUAAUUAUGUGUACGAGUGCACAUAAACGAUGGUGGUUCCAGACAUAUUUAACAAUUUCUAUUUUUGGAUUAAUUGUUUCCGGUCAGAAAACAUCACCGCCGCCCGAGAAGCGUGAAGAAUUUACUUGUCCAUCUGGCUACGGAAACGGGAAUUAUGCGGACCCAGUUACUUGUCGACGAUUUUAUCAAUGUGUAGAUGGAUUCCCUUAUCAGAAUCGAUGUCCUUCUGGAUUAUAUUUUGAUGAUGUUGCUAAAUUUUGUACAUUCAAAGACGAAGCGAAAUGUGGUCCAAUAUUAAGUACUCCUGCACCUAUCACAGAGACUCCACUCGAUUUGGCUAAAAAAUGCGACUCAGCCGAGUGUCAAUUGCCCUAUUGUUACUGUUCCAAAGAUGGUACCAAUAUUCCUGGAGGCCUGGAGCCAGAAGACACACCGCAAAUUAUACUUCUCACAUUCGAUGGUGCUGUAAAUUUGAAUAAUUAUGAACACUACAAGAAAGUAUUCAAUGGAAAGAGGCAGAAUCCGAAUGGAUGUGACAUCAAAGGCACAUUUUUCAUUUCGCAUGAGUACAGUAACUACCACCAAAUUCAAAGUCUCGCCUACGAACAGCACGAAAUGGCAACGGAGACGAUAUCCAUGCAGCAAGGGCUCCAAGACAAAGGAUACGAGGAAUGGGUCAUUGAAAUGAUUGGUAUGAGAGAAAUAUUGAGACAAUUUUCCAACGUAACCGCAAACGAUGUUGUUGGUAUGAGGGCACCAUAUUUAAAACCCGGCAGAAACACUCAGUACAAGGUCAUCGAAGACUUCGGUUACAUAUACGACAGCUCCGUUACUGUUGAGCCGCAGGCACUUCCCGUAUGGCCGUACACUUUAGAUUACAAAAUUCCACACGAAUGCAAGAGUGGUACAUGUCCGUCGAAAACGUUUCCCGGAGUGUGGGAGGUGCCAUUGAAUGCACAUUACAUUGAGAGUUAUGAGGGUGGUCAUUGUCCUUAUUUGGAUCAGUGCGUUUUGCAUAACCAUGAUGAGGAUGAUGUAUUUUCUUGGUUGCAAGAGGAUUUUGCUAGACAUUAUGAGCAAAAUAAGGCACCGUACAUGAUGGCUUUUAAAUCGAAUUGGUUUCAAAUUAAAGAGCUGGAAAAUGGACUGGGCAAAUUUUUGGAUUGGGCGUCAUCAUUACCGGACGUAUGGAUGAUCACCACAACUCAAGCACUGACAUGGAUUACCGACCCAAAGCCCCUGAAAGUUAUCAAUGCCAAAUAUGAUGCAUGGGACUGUGAAAAGAAGCCAAACAACGUACAGAAACCGUGUAACCUUUCGAAUAAAUGCGCAUUGCCCUUCAAAACUCAAACCUCAAACGUUACCGACACGAGGUAUAUGGAAACGUGCAAAGACUGUCCGAAUCAAUAUCCGUGGUUGGGUGACGCUGAGGGCACUGGCAUUCUGGGCCGUGAUAAUUAUAUUUAUUCGGUGCAUCGGCUACCGAUAUUGAUGUCGACGAGCCAGUUCGGAGGAAGUAGAGAGCACAACAAAUUUUAAUAAGACUUUAAAUUAUUUUUGUUUCGCUAAGCCUUUAUUUGUUUAAUAAAAGAAAAGUCGAUCUAU